AUGAUUAGUGGGUUUUAAACUGGAAAAAAUUAAAAAAUAUAGUUGAUUGAUAAUGAAAAAUAUAAUAAGAUUGUUAUAUAAUUCGAAGAAUUUUCAGAAGAAGAAGAAAUCUUUUAAUCAGAAAGCAAACCAACAAAAAAUGAUUAAAAUUUAUUAAAUUCACUUUCAAAAGAAGCUAUCAAUAAUAACAAUUAACUUUAUCAUCCUAGUAAAUUUGCUGAAUAAGAAUUUAAAUUCUUGAGUAAAAAUCCAAGAGAUUCAUUAUCAGAAAAGAAAAUCUCAUUUUAGACAGUAAUCAUGGGAGAUGAGAUAUAAAAAGAAAUUAUAACAUCAAUAAAAAAAAAAGAAUCAAAUAAUAAUAUUGAGAUUCUUUAAAUGAAUGCUAUAUUAUUGUCUAAAAUUAGCAAAUUAUCAAAAUGUUUAGUAGGAUAAAAGUUUUAUGAAUUAUCAAAAUAAUUUAUGAAGAAUUCAGUAUUGAAAUUUAGUUCAUUUUGUAGGUCAUCUUAAAUUCCUAAGAAUUUUGACUGGAAACUAAUUAAAGAAUAUUUUACGUAAUAUGAUGUUGAAAGAAAUUGGCUUUAACAACAAGUAAAACUAAUUUUUUGGAAAUUGUAAUCAAAAAAUAAUUAUACUGAUUAAAAGCUAAUUUUAGAAUUAGAAUAUCGUUAUUUUAUAUAAUACAAAUUAUAAAGCAGAACAAUAAUUUAAUAAAUAUGGACGAAUGAUGAAACAUUAAAUCAACAUAUGAUUUUAUUAGUUGUGGCUAUAGAAAGAAGCUAAGAAAGAAAGAUUUUAGAGUUAUCAGAUGGAUGGUAUUCAAUAUUUUUUGUUUGUGAACAAAUUUAUGAAUAGAUAUACAAUAAGAUUAAAAUUGGGCAAAAAUUACAUUUAACUAAUUUAAAAGAAUAUCCUAUUAUAUUUAAUACUACCAAUGUAUAGUUAUAGUAUCAUUUAGGUUAAAAUAAUUUCAUAAUAUCCAUUUAACUAAUUGUUGGUUACUACUAAAAUUAAUUCAAUUAAAAAAGCUUAAAUAAAUUCCAAACUUGGAUAAUAAUAGGAAAAAUACUUUCUUAGAUCACUUAUAAGUUUAAGAAAUGGAAUCAUUCCAUGCAUUGAUGUUUUUAUUGUGUCAAAAUCUUAUCUAAUAAAAGUAAAUCAAAAAAGUUAACGAAAAGCUAUAUUAUUCGUUUCCGAAACCGAAAAUGAAGAAGAGAUGCAAUAGCUAAGAAAUUCAAAUUUGUGUUUUUGGAUUACAGUUAUGGAUAGUUUAAACUAUUUUGAUAAAUAAAAUUCUAAAAUAACAGAAUUCAAAGAUAUAUUAGUUUAUAUUAAUGAUCCGAUUUAAUAUGAAAUGGUAUCUAUUGGUUAGAGAGUUUAAAUUAUUAAUGCAAUUUAAUUUAAUUCUGAAAUUACUUUAAAAAUAACAAAAUGUUCAGGAUUUAUAUUUGAGUUAUAACAAUAUUAAGACUAUUUCAGUAAAUUGUAACUUCUCAACUGCAGAUAUGAGAUUCAAAUUAAGGUUAAUAAUCAUAUAAAAAUUGAAUAAAUAGAUAUAAUUGAAGGAAGUAAUGAUUAACAAUAGAUUGUUAAAAUAGAAGUACAAAAUAAUUUUUUUAGUGAAAUUUUAAAACACCAAUAAAUGAAAAUUUUGAAAGUUACUUAACUAAAAAAAAUAAAUGAUGAAAGAUUUCAAACUACAUAAUUAAGUAAAUUGAUUAAUAUUAUAAAUUAUAAUAAAUGA